GGGGGUGGCUCCCUUUCUCAACUUCUCUGAAAGGUGUGGCAGUCAGUCUGUACUCACUGCAAACGUGCUUUUCCAUCAGCUUAUCCUUCAAAUCAGGUCUAAACGUUUUACUCUACAAUAAACAAAAAGCAAACACAAAGAUGUCUGACUCUGUUUGGGAUGAUCUGGACCUGCUCUUAGAUUCCCCCUCCUCACUGACUGCAACUUCUAAUGCAAGAGGAACUGUUAAGGAAAAGGCAAAUUUUAAGGUAGACGAAGACGUUGCUGCUCUGAGGAAAGCCAUAGAGGGGCUUGGUACAACAGAAAAAACCCUGAUUGAGGUUCUGACCCAAAGAAGUAACGCCCAGCGUCAGCUUAUCAGCGCAGCUUAUCAGAAAGCCACCGGAAGGACAUUAGUGGCUGACCUGGAAGGUGACACCCAUGGAGACUUUGAGGACUUGUUAGUCGCUCUGGUAACGCCUCCUGCUGUCUACGACUGUCAUGAAGUCAUAAAAGCCAUGAAGGGUCCAGGAACCACUGAGAGUACUCUUACAGAAAUCUUCGCUUCCAGAUCCAACAAACAGAUUAAAGCAAUGUCUGACGCAUACAUGAAAGAGACUGGAAGAGUUAUGACUCAUGAUCUGAAGUCGGAGGUAUCUGGAGAUUAUGGCAAAGGACUUCUCAUCUUGGCUGAGGGAAAGAGAGAUGAGAGCAUCAACGUGGACGCAGCCAAAGCCAAAGCAGACGCUAAGGUGCUGUAUGAGGCAGGAGAAAAGAAAUGGGGAACGGAUGAGGAGAAGUUCAUCGACAUCUUGUGCCACAGGAGUGUUCCUCAGCUUCGACAAAGUGGGUUUAGCUGUUAUUUCUUCUCAAUAAAUAUCCAGCUUAACUCAUUUUUUUACCGUCCAUGUAAAAUGGAAAUCAUGGGAAGGAAUGUUAUAAAUAAGAUUGACCUUUAA